ACCACUCCUCAGUCCUCACUUCCUCUAACUCUAUAUAAACCUCUCUUGCAUUCUCUUAGCUCUUACCUUUUCUUUCUGCUUCAAACCUUUUUCUUUCAUUUCUACUCUUUGCAUUCCAAUUUCCAAAUGGCCACUGUUGAGGUUACACAGCAAAUACCAACAAAUGUGACAGAGAAUGAAACAGUGGAGGUAAAGGAAACAGUCCCAGAACAAGCAGAAGUUCCUGCCACGGAAGAAACAACUGAAGAACCAAAAGUGGUAGAAAAAGAAGCCCCAGUUGGCACAGAAAACCAAGUUGAUGAAGCAGCAGAAGAGGCACCUGAGGUAGCAGUAGAAACCGAGAAAACAGAAGUGAAAGAAGAAGAAAUAAGUGAGGAGCCUAAAGAAGAAACUAGUACUGAAACCAAAUCAGUAGCAGUGGAGGAAGAGAAGCAAGAGGAUAACAAACCAGCUGAAACCGUAUUAGAGGAACAAGUUUCUGUUGAGAAGACUGAAGAAGAAGCUGCCUAGUGCCUAGGCCUAAGCAUAGUGUGAUGUGAAUUGGAAAAGGUUCCAAUAUUGGUGCCUACUACUUGUUGGAUCAGCUCUACCUUUUUGCACGUCCAAGUUGAUGAGAAGCUUUUUAUUUUUAUUUUAGUUUAUUUGUUAUUGUAAUUGGUAUGGCUCUAUGAUUUAUGAACAUGUGUUAGAGAAUUGGCUCCAUGUCUUGGCGGAGGAUACAAGAAUUCUAUGGUUAUGUAAUGAAGUGGGCUAUAGUGGCUCAGGUUUGGUCA